AUGGAGUCGCGAAAGCCCACGACCAGGACGGUCGCCCAACGAAAAGUCUAUGGUAAACGACGAACCAAUGCACCAAGAGCAAUAUUCGAGCACAAAAGUCCGGCGAAGACGAUUUCACCACUCAAAGAGUUGAAUGAUUCCAUCGAGACCAUCGAAACAAAAUUGGCUGAAGUGUCAAUAGGCGAGGAACCACCUCUCCUGCGCCAGGAACUCGACUUUCAGGACCAACAAGUAAUAUCCAACCAACAUGAGACUUCAUCAGAUGCCACACCAGUCAAAUGCCCAGCAAGCCCAGCAAGCCCAGACACCCCACAGUCUAGUUUUGACAGUCCGAGCAAGCAGCCUCGCCCCGAUACGCGACCGAUAAAGCCGACGCCAUAUGAGACUAUGGUGGAGGUUAGAAUCAGUACAAAAACAGAAAGACGGAAAGCUUCAAGGCCGUCACAAUCAGAAGAGGUUUCCGCCACAAAAAAGAAGCUUCCCACCGCCCGACGCUCAUCUGGUUUCGUCCAUGACGAUAAGGCGAACACCUACGUCCGUUCAAUUCUUCACGAGGCCUUGUCACCGAUCUCAUCUCAGAGCAUCCAAAGAUUCAGCACCUGGGCCUCGCGUUCUGCCACCAUGUUCCAUGUUGCAAAGCUAGCCGAGGGCUCGUAUGGAGAAGUCUACAAGCUGCACCUGCGUGAGGAAGCAUCUCGACCUAUGGUCUCAAAAUCCAAAUUGGCAAAACUGAGGGCCUACGGCGAUGGGGGUUUUCAAGGUGGUGCCUUUGCGAGCAAAGACAUCGAGGAAAUCGUGGCGGAAGUGAAAAUGCUGAAGUACCUGGAUCCAAUCCCGGGAUUUGCGCGGUUCAGAGAAAUCCACGUGGUACAGGGCCGAUUUCCUGAGUCUUUCCAAGGCGCCUGGGAUCAUUACAAGAAGACAAAGGAUGACUGCUUGAAUCCGAACCCAGCUAACAAGAAGGCAUAUCCAGAUUCUCAGCUCUGGGCCAUCAUUGAGAUGGAUGAUGCAGGCUGUGAGCUGGAAAAAUUCUGUUGGUCGUCCAUAUUUCAGAUCUAUGACAUUUUCUGGGGCGUCGCCAUGGCGCUGGCUCGCGCAGAAGAGUAUGCUUUGUUUGAGCACCGUGAUCUCCAUUUGGGGAACAUUUGUAUACGUUCUGUCCGACCUGACGGCUCCAUGGAGCCUCCCACAGAGCUCGACAUCGCUCGACAAACCUCUCCUAGCGGAUUUGGUCUUAGUUCUCUGGAGACCACUAUAAUUGACUACUCACUUUCACGUGCCAAUCUUCAUCUUGCCGACCUGCCCGAUGGCUCCGAGGAAAUUUGUGAAAUUGCAUCAUCAGACCUGGACAAAAAACAUAUUUUCGAUUCAAUCGGCCAAGACGAAGACGAGGCUCUAUUGAGAGAUACAUACAGAUAUAUGCGCGCUACGCUAUACACCGGGAUUCCGUUAGAGACAGAGAAAACGCCAGAUAUCCCAGGAAUCUGGACCGAAUAUGCGCCGCGGACCAAUUUGGUCUGGCUACUUUUUCUGCUCAAGAAUCUGCUGAAGAACCGCAAACCUGAAAUUCCCCGGCCAGUUACUCUAUCGCAAAGAACGCCACUCGCACCGUGCUCUCCGAACAGGAAGGCCACAAGUAUGCAGCGCUCUACAAAUGGGAAACUUGUCAAGGCGAAAGAGCUUGACAUGGGAGGGACUCUGGUUAAAGAGUACCAAAAUAAGAAUCUCCAAACGCGAGUAGAAAAGCUGAAGCAGACAUUAGAGGAUAGGCUGAAAGUUGUUCUUGGACUUUUGGACCUCGAGCAUGGGCACGAGGAUAUGUGCUGUGCAGCUGACCUUGUUGCUUAUGCGAUGGACUCUCAGUGGUUGGCCGAGCAAGACUUUUUCUGA